AAAGCAGCUACGAAUGGGCACUCGAGUUACAUGCUACGCGACGUUUUCGGCUUAAAGACUCAUCAUUCCCAUGUCGAUAAAUAACGUUGGUUUGCCAAGUUGUUAGCUCGGUGAAACAAGAACUUGUGCUGUGCUUAUUUAUUGAGUGAUCCAGUGAUAAAUUAUGAUCAAAGUGACUAUAACUGCAGCGAGAUGAAUCGUCGUUGAUGGUGGCCGUUAUCGAAAUGUGCAUCGUCUCGUGAUUGUGCUAUGUUUCCAGAUAAAUGGCAACAUUUUGUGUUGACACUUGAAAACUCAGGAGUGAAUUUCCACGACGAUAUAACCUUCGAACGUUCAUGGAAGUUGGCUAAAACAACUGGCUGAGGAGAAUGCACUUCUCUUUGCACUGUUAUUGAUUCACUUGUUCAAGUCUUCCAAAGUGAUAGCAAUUUGACUGACAGACAGCAGCUGAUUUAGUGAUGCGAGUGUAAGUUUUGAGCUGAAAUUGUCUCGACCCAAGAUUCAAGUCCUAAUUAUUAAGCUGCUCGAUACUGCGAUGAUAUAAAUGAGCCCAAAAUUGUCAUAUUGAUUCUAAAGGAUUUUUGAACCGAAUUUAUGGGAGCUCGUGAUUGCAAAAAACAUUUCAGCAAUUUCCACUUUCUCGAGUUAGAAUGAAAAACCGGUAAAUCCUGCGGCCCAUUGGACUAGUGCUUUCCAGAGCAUUAAAUGGACGUUGUCUUCGAAAGUAUAUAAAUGCGCAUAUUUUGAGUGAUCAUAUAAAGUGAAAGUAUCGUGGUGACAUUGUAAGCGGUGACGAUCGCGAUGUGGAGAAUGCAGGAGGGUAGAACUUUGUCUCCUCUGGCUGAAAUCGGUCCGGUUUCAUGCCUGAACGGUAGCGUUGGCGACGAAGGUAAUCUUCGAGCUCUCGUUCCUCAUCAAGAGAGGCGUCGAGUACUUUUACACGUGCGAACGGGUGACACGUUUUUGGGGUUUCAUGAGCAUCACGCAAAACAACAAGCGGCUAGUGGGAACCCAUCGCCCGUAUCUGAAGUUGUUAGCGCCAUGGAAUCCGAGGAGGCUGAGGAGGCGAUGCAAAUAUGCAACAGAAAUAAAACGAACUUGAUUCAAAAUCGAGAUCAGACUAAGGAAGGCCACGAAGAAGAGGCUCUCGUCGAUUGUAUGACUCCAGCAGAUCGCGAGGAUCCUGAAGAGGAGUCGGAGGAAGAAGAGGACCUGAAAUUGAACGAAUCUCCGAAAAAGGAGAACGAAAGAAGACGAAGGUGUCACAGGAGAAGUCGAGGGGACGAUGAAGAAGAUGACGAAGAGCUCGACGACGACGAGAAUAUCAAUAUUACAACUAGCAAUCGCGAGGAAACGAGAAACGGCAAUUUCGCCGACGAUGAGGACGUCGAGGUCGAUGUCUGCCGCGACGACAUUGACGAAAGCAAUCCCAGCAGUCCCGUUGACCUUACCGCCCCGUCCCGUUGUUUCGGUAACGAACAAUUCUUACAUCCUUUCGCAAGUAACCGGGGAAUCGGCCACCAACUCAGUUGUCUUUCCGGUAGCGUUGUCGGUGCGGGUAUCGUACAUUGUGUUAAUUCGUCUCAAAUAGCUAUUACUACGAACAAUACGUACCUGGGUGGUGUUACAAUUGGACAUUUGCAUCCCAGUACAGCCUCGAACAAUACCCUCGUCACGACUAUGUGCACCAAUAACGGAAGCAACAAUUUACAAGCUAGAGCCAAUAACUCGAACAGCAAUGGAAUUACGACGAGCGCUGGUAGCGUUCAAACGAACAAACGAGGCUUAGCAUUUUCCGUCGAAAAUAUUCUCGAUCCCAAUAAAUUCACCGGCGGACGGAUUAUUCACGACAGAAUAUCGCACAGGCGACGACAGCGGACUGGAAGUCUUCACGAAGAUGGCGAUUCUCGAGGAGAAUUCGGCGGCAGCAGUGGGCAAGAAGACGAAGGAGCUACGGAGCCAACGGAAGAUAUGGAGGAAGAUAUGGACGACGAGGACGAGGACGAGGAUGCGGACAUGCCGGGUUCGGAGAGAGAUCGUGAAACGCCGAGUGUGCCAAGGGACACAGCAUCGACAGGAUCGUCGUCGUCGAAGAAGCGGCAAUCUUCGUCUUCGUCAUCGUCAUCAAACGGCCAAUCAAUGGGCCACGGUCAAGGCCAGGCUCAAGGUCAGUCAGGGCAAAAUGGUGGUACAGGAAGUUCCAGUGGCGGUGGCGGUGGCAACAGCACAGGUGGCAAGCCACGACGAGCGCGAACCGCGUUUACGUACGAACAGUUGGUGGCUCUGGAAAACAAAUUCAAGACGACGAGAUAUCUUUCGGUUUGUGAGAGAUUGAAUUUGGCCUUGUCUCUCUCACUCACCGAGACCCAGGUGAAAAUAUGGUUUCAAAAUCGAAGAACGAAGUGGAAGAAACAAAACCCUGGGCUCGAUGUCAACAGUCCAACUGUCCCGACCACGCCACCCCAUCCCUCCCCAUACGCUUCGGCAUUCCUGUUUGCCACUCAUCCCCACACUCAUCCACAUCCCCAUUCGCAUUCCCAUCAGCAUCCCCACAGUCACGUGCAUCAUCCACCGCCCCCACCCCCGCCACCACCUGGUUAUUAUCAUCAUCCGGCCUCACCUUAUCCGCCAACUGGACCGAGCUUUUUCGGCCAUCAUCUUGGGGCGACGCCGGUUAGUGCACCCACCCCUGUUUCCUCAGCCACCCCGACUUCCGUCGGCCUUACCCUUUCCUCUCACCCACACCCCCACGCCCACACGCAUCCGCACGCAUAGCGUUCUGUCGUCAAUGCCUCGAUGUUCGUCACACCGACGAACGACAAUUCUCAUGGUGCUACUGACGCGGUCUCGACGCGCGCCUUCCUCCGUGCAAGUCUCUCCUGAUGACCGUGAACUCAUCGAUGUGACACAAGUUCACGUUAUUCUUCGACGAAGAAUAACUCAACGGACGCUCGCAGUGACCUUUGAAGAAAAAAAUCAUCUUUUCGUUGUUUCACUACGCACUGAACGCAGCAUUCACUGGACGAUGGAAAUGUUUGUGUUUACUUUUUAUUCGAUUGUGAAUAGAUUCGGUCGGUACGCGACUCAAAAUUGUGUUUUUGGCGUAUACGUUAUUCGAAAAAUCGUUGAUUUCGAUUGCGUACUAAUUUAAAUUUCACUAUACUUAUGAAUUAUUGAAAAACAAGUGCAAUGUUUACUUUUUUAUUCUGUUAAAUUGUUCCUUUAUUUUUCUAAAUUUUCGACCGGUUCAAUUAUCUACUUGCGCAAUCGGUCACAUAUUUUUUCUUAGAAAUGAACCAGCAAACAUGCACAUGUUCGUGUCAAUUUUCGAAAGUCGUUAAGGAGGCGUUCUAUGGUGUAACAGAAAUCAGAAUUAAGCAUUGCGUUUUACCGGAAUCACCGUCCAAACCCCUCUGUAAAUUACGAGCGAAUCAAGUGUCUAAUAUUUUCAAGAUCGUACGACGAGCCGCUUUCGCGUCUCUUGAUAACGCCUGAUCGUAAGGAAACUUCAAACAUUGUUUGGAUACCAAUGAAAACGGACGUAACCACAGACAAAAUUUUACUGCAUUUUAUUUCUUACUGUUCUCUCGUUUAAGCUUCGAAUAAAAACCAUGAAGUUCGGGCAAACGAUAUCGAAAUUUCAACAUAAAAAUUAGACAUGUGUCAGAUUGAAGAAAAUUUUGGAUGACAAAGAAGUAAUCGAAGUGUGAUAAAAGUAGUCGAUUAUUAUACAUGUGAGAGUGAAAUAUCGAAAGAGUGUGAUUAUUGAGAAAAUAGUCCCUCCUCUGUAAAAUAAAUGCCAUACGUUACGCUUGUAAAAAAGUAAACAAAAAUGAAACAAAA